AUGUUCACACAAUCCAUCCCGUCGGCUAUGCGUGCCUGGCAGUUCAGUUCCACGGCAGGCGGCUUGGAGAAUAAUCUAAAGCUCAGUUCUUCUGCACCACUUCCCCAGGCGAAGCAAGAUCAACAUCUCGUCCAAGUCCUCGCUGCCUCAGUCAACCCGGUCGAUUACAAGGUCGCCGAAAUACCUCUGUUCACCCGAUUGUUUCUCUCUAAGCCUGCUAUCCMAGUUGGAGACUUUGCAGGUCGGAUUGUGGUGCCCGCUUCAGGAUCACCACUUGAGCCUGGACAACUUGUGUUCGGUCGGGCUGGCACAGGUAUUACAGGAGGUGCACUGGCGGAGUAUGCGAUCGCCAAGCAGGACAGUGUCACACCACUGCCCAAAGACGUUUCUCCAGCACAUGGCGCAUCCGUAGCCGUAGUAGGGCUUACUGCCUAUCAGUCCAUCAGUCCGUACGUGAAGGAUGGGAGCAGCAUUUUCAUCAACGGUGGCAGUGGUGGGACUGGGUGCUUCGGAAUACAGAUUGCGAAAGCGAUAGGAUGUCACGUCACGGUGACGUGCUCCACAGAAAACGUCGAGCUCUGCAAGACGCUUGGAGCGGACGAAGUUAUUGACUACAAGAGGCAUAACGUUGUUGAAGCUCUGAUAUCCAGCGGUAGAUUAUACGACCACGUCGUGGACAAUGUCGGCGCAGAUGAGAACCUCUUCUGGAAAUGUGCCGAUUACACCAGAUCAGGAGCAGUCUACGUCACAGUUGGAGCCGCAGUCUCGUGGAAGUCCGCGUCCGAUCUCACGAAGAGGAUGCUCUUACCACGCUUCUUGGGUGGGUCGCAUAGGAAGCAUGUCGUCUUUGGCAUGGUCUCAAACCCAGAGGAACUUGCUCAAAUCGGUGAUUGGAUGUCCUCGGGCAAGGUUAAGGCCAUCAUCGAUGCACAGCUUCCAUUCGAAAAGGCGCCCGAUGCUUUUCGUAGGUUGAAGACAGGCAGGGCCAAGGGUAAGAUCGUCGUGAAAAUGACAGAACAGUGA